CAUGCCUCGUUCGUCACACUACCGUAGUGUCAUUGCUGGGUGGUUUUUCGUUCUCGGGAGGCACAAGCGCGACACGACAGCCGAGAAGAACGCAAGCGCAGAGGAUGGCAUCCACAGAUAGUCAGGUGUCUGCAUCUGAUGGAUCUCAGCCACAGCAGCAACCCACUCAUACGACAGCGACUUCUCUUCAGCAGCCACUACAGACUCCCGACGGUCCGUCGUAUCUCCACAGCUUGUAUUUUAGUCCGCCGCCGGGGACGUUCCCCGCAUUUCAGUCGUAUCUACCCGGAUUUGGAGUCACCGGAGAUACGACGUGGUCAUCGGCUACCGGAGGCCUGGACUCUGCAGCAACCGCUAGUUUUAUUCAGACCUUUGGCCAGGUCGGUGGUCUGUCGGACCAGCAGUCUUUCAUGACAGACAGAGUGCUCGCCGGUGGAAUGAAUCCGUCGGGGUAUGUGAGCGCAUCGCCAUUUAUGUUCCCGACUGCUGGAAGUACAGAUAUUCUUAGUCACAAUACGUCAUCGUCGGAUGCGUUGUCAUCCGGCUUGCUUCCCAGCUAUAGUGCACCGUUUGGACUUGGUACCGAAGCUUCCAUUCCUAAGAGCAGUACCCAGGGCGAUGUCAGACACAGUGAACAGUUGGUGGGACCUAAAGCUACUAUAAACGGAAUGCAAGAACCGGUGGAGAAAAGUCUUGACGGCUUGACCUUAUCUGAAAACCCUCCUGUAACUAGUGAUGUGAAACCACAGAGUGCCGUGUCUACUCAGUCAUCCGGUGUGAAGUCGUGGGCGUCUAUUGCUGCUAAGCAGCCAACGAAACAGCCCGUGAAGCCACAGCAGAAACCAAGGCAGAAGCUUCCGCCGUCGACUGUGUCUCCGGGGAGUGUAGGCAUUGGGAAUCACCAUCAGAGUGGGUUUGGAAUGGGUUCUGGCAUGCUUGGAGAACACGUUGAUAUUGGUUCGUCACAGCAACAGUCGCAGAACCAAGUGUGGGGAGUGAGGGGAGCACCACCGGCAAACCGCGGACGUGGUUGGAGCAGCCAACGUAGAGUCACCGGAAACGGUCCCGUGAAUACGGGUGGAAAUCCGUCUGUCGUGACCGGUUCUGUGGCCAAUCCGGGAAGUAUGGCAGGUUUGUCUUCCAUAUCGGUGCCGCCCACGCAGCCGGCGGCGAAUGUUCCCGUGUUGGACCAAUUGCGAUCGGCGAAUCAAUACAAUCCUAAGGAGUUUACAUUGAAUCUAAAAAAUGCCCGUUUCUUUGUGAUAAAGAGUUACAGUGAAGACGAUAUUCACCGUUCCAUCAAAUAUUCUAUCUGGACAAGUACUGAGACUGGCAAUCGGCGCUUGGACCAAGCAUGGAAGGAACAGAAGGGCAUUCCAAUGUACUUGCUGUUUUCAGUCAAUGGUAGUGGCCAUUUCUGUGGAGUGGCCCAGAUGAUGAGCGGUGUAGACUACGGCACUGACACUGGGGUUUUCACCCAAGACAAAUGGAAGGGCAAGUUUGAUGUGAAGUGGAUUUAUGUGAAGGACGUUCCGAAUAGCCAGCUGCGUCAUAUCCGUCUCGAAAACAAUGAGAAUAAACCUGUGACGAACUCGAGAGACACGCAAGAGGUACCCAUCGAGAAGGGCAAACAGGUAGUCAAGAUUAUUCACACGUACAAGGCCACGACUUCUAUUUUUGAUGAUUUUGGUCAUUAUGAAAAACGCCAGGAAGAGGAUGAUGCCAGAAAGCGCGUUCGCAAACGUGAUGCAACUAUGGGCUGACAGACUGCCUUUGUCUUGGCUUGUCUUUAGUCAUCAUGUUUAUAUGGACUGUAGCAAUGUUGUCGGUAGAAUGUGGGUAUUUGGUUGUGCUUUUUGUGGUGAAUCUUAUUUACUCUAUUUGCUUCAAUUUCCAGCUAGUAGCUCUUGCUCUUGUGUUUGAUAUUCUUCCUGUGUGUGCGUGUGUGAAAAUGAUGGCAGUAGGUAUGUGUAGUGUUGAAAAUGGCAUGUCACGAUGAUCUACCAUGAA